CCUUCCCUUUGCUUCCUUUCUUCUUCCCUCCCUGCUGCACAGCUCCCUUGCUCCAGAAGCGCGAUGCUGCCUCACCUGAGGAUUCAGAGCUGCCUCCAGGCCCUUGCAGGAGAAGUGCAGGUGCUCAGGAGAUUGAGGCUUCCCCAGCACCUGCCAAGAAAGUCUGUGCCACCUCUGCACUUGUUGGGGCUUCACCAGUGGAACCAUCAAGAGAGCUCAUCCAGAGAUUUAAUCUCUGCAAGCUCACGGUUCCACUGGUUCGCCUGGACCUGAAACGCCAUCCUGAGCUCAUGGUUCGCCUCGCUCCAGUCGACCCUGAAGCUGCUUGCAGGGCCCUUGGACAGAGCAACAGCUGCUCAUCUUCUCAGCAGCACAGCCCAGCCUGCCACCCAUCAGCUCCUUGGUGCCAGAAGCGCGAUGCUGCCUCACCUGAGGAUUCAGAGCUGCCUCCAGGCCCUUGCAGGAGAAGUGCAGCUGCUCAGGAGAGGGAGGCUUCCCCAGCACCUGCCAAGAAAGUCUGUGCCACCUCUGCACUUGUUGGGGCUUCACCAGUGGAACCAUCAAGAGAGCUCAUCCAGAGAUUUAAUCUCCGCAAGCUCACGGUUCCACUGGUUCGCCUGGACCUGAAACGCCAUCCUGAGCUCAUGGUUCGCCUCACUCCAGUCGACCCUGAAGCUGCUUGCAGGGCCCUUGGACAGAGCAACAGCUGCUCAUCUUCUCAGCAGUACAGCCCAGCCUGCCACCCAUCAGCUCCUUGGUGCCAGAAGCGCAGUGCUGCCUCACCUGAGGAUUCAGAGCUGCCUCCAGGCCCUUCCAGGACAAGUCCAGAUCCUCAAGGGCGUGAAGCUUCCCCAGCACGUGCCAAGAAAGUGUUUGCUACAUCUGGACUUGGGGUUUCAUCAGGCCAGCCAGGCACACACAGAUUCCAAUCCCAGCCAGAGCUCAUGACUCCACCAUUUCCUGCGCACCAUCAAAGCACUUCUGCGGCCUCUCCAGAGAGCAGCAGCUGCACUUCUCCAGAGCAGCACUUGCCAGCCAACAUCCCAUCAGCCGCCCCGGGCACUUCAGUCCCCAGUGCUCCAGCUGGCAGUGCUGGUUAUGCAGCAUGGAGAGCCCCAAGCUGGGUCUGGAGUACUCCUGGGGAAGAGGAAUUGCCACCGCUGGAUCUGGACCUUGUUCUGGAGACACUGGAGGAGAUGCUUUCACCAUCUGUGCCUGAAAGGUCUCCCUCUGCUCAGGUCAAUCCUAGUGUUGCCCGUGGCUCUUCAGGAGGGGAGGCUGUGAACAAGGCUGCAGCAGAGGGAGCUUUGCCUGUUUGCGGGAGCCGUGUGAACGUUUGCCAGGAGCCCGAGGAGCUUGAUAUCCAUGUGAUCUACCUGGCCAGAAGGGCUGCCCUGCGUGGGAAGAAGGAUCAGAGGGAGAGCCUGUGACCAUCGGGCAGGUGGCAUC